UGAUUAAUAACAGAGGUAAGAGCGAUAGUUUAUAUUACAUUAACGUGUGAGAAACAAAGAUGUGAAUAGAGGUUUAAUGUAUACUUCUUUAGCCAGAAUAAAAUAAGACAAAAGGUGGGCUUUGUUAUCCUCUCACACCUGACAUCAAGCCGAUCAAACACUGCUUUAAACACUCGUAUCUUCUCUAGUCUCUGAUCAUGUUCUGAUUCAGUUUAUUUCUGUGUAAACUAACACCAUUGACCAACAGGAAGUAGAGGGAGACUAGAGCUAAACGCGACAAAGAAAGUGUGACUAAAUAAGGAAGAAUUGAGCUGGAGGACACGGUUUAACACUUCCAGCCGACAGUAGAGUUUCUCGUGACUUUACUACAGAUCAGUCUCUCAUCAGCUCAUCUGUCAUUUUAUUACUGAACCAGUUCGGAAGAGUUUGUCUUCAUAUUUGUGAACUGAAAUCAAUGAAGAUGUUUGACAGAUUCUGGUUCUGUUUGUGUUUCUGGCGUCUGGUUGGUGUGUUUGGUGAAAUGUACGUGAAAAUUGGACAUUCAGUCACUCUAAACUCUGGUCUUUCUGAAAUGAUGGAUAAUUAUCUGAUUCGGUGGAGGUUUCAAUAUGGUCUAAUCGCUGAAAUCAAUGUGACGGCCGACAGAUUCUCUGUAUUUGAUGAUGUUCUUGACGGGAUAUUCAGAGACAGACUGAAGCUGGACGAUCAAACUGGAUCUCUGACCAUCACAAACAUCACAUUUGAACAUGCUGGAUAUUAUGAAGUAUAUAACAACACUAUGAGCAAGAGUUUCUGGCUCAGUGUCUAUGAUGAAAUAUCAGUGAAGGAGGGAGAUUCAGUCACUCUGAACUGUGGUCUUACUGAAAGAGAUUAUGAUUGGAUUCGGUGGAGGUUUGAAGACAGUUUAAUAGCUGAUAUCAAUAAAUGGGAAAACAGUGUCUCUGUAUAUGAUGAUGUUCUUGACGGGAGAUUCAGAGACAGACUGAAGCUGAACAAACAAACUGGAUCUCUGACCAUCACAAACAUCACAACUGAUCACACUGGACGUUAUGAACUCGUGAUCUACCGUAGGAGCAGAAUGAGGAAAACGUUCUUUCUCAAUGCUGUCAAUGAAGAAAUAUCAGUGAAGAAGGGAGAUUCAGUCACUCUGAACUCUGAUCUUACUGAAAUAAUGAAUAAUGUUUCAAUAGAGUGGAGGUUUGGAGCUGAAAUCACUUUAUUAGCUGAGAUCAGUAGAAGGACCAAUGGAUUCUCUGUAUAUGAUGAUGCUCUUGACGGGAGAUUCAGAGACAGACUGAAGCUGGACAAUCAAACUGGAUCUCUGACCAUCACAAACAUCUCAACUGAACAUGCUGGACGUUAUUUACUACAUUUAGGACCAAAACAUUUGAAUCUAAACCAGUCAUUAAAAGCUUUCAGUGUUUCUGUCUAUGACUCUGUCCAAUGCUGUGGUUCUACUGAAGCUGUGAUCCGAUUGGUCCUCUCUGCUCUGGUGGGCGUGGCUACUGUCAUUUUUCUGGUUUAUGACAUCAGAUCCAGAAGAGCUGAUCAAGAUCAAACAUAGAUUCACACAUCAGGUGCAUGUUCUUGACAGGAAUUGAAAUCUAAAGGAGACGCUGAACUUUAAAACUUCUUCAAGUGUGUUUUAUGUGGUUUGUCAUAUUAAUAUAGAUUAUUCAUUAUAUCAGGCUUUCAUAUUUGAUUCAGGGUUUAAGGGCUUUUAAAAUGUAAUUGUCUAAUAAUAUUUUUUAUUGUACAGAUGCAGUUUAAAAGCUUGUUGAUUAUAUUUCUCUCAGAUAAGACUCUGAUCUCACUGUACUAUUCAUUUGUCUUCUGUAUUUGCUUGCCUUUAUCAAUAAAGUUUUC